AUGUUUGACGCCCCUGUCACGACUACACUAACAAGUCCCAUCCAUGGCCAAGUAGCCCCACAACACCUGCCCCACGGAGUCCGACGCCCUCUGGCUCCUCCGUGGGAGCACCACAUGCUGGCCCCUCGAGAGAGUCCCAUCCAUGGCCAAGUAGCCCCACAACACCUGCCCCACGGAGUCCGACGCCCUCUGGCUCCUCCGUGGGAGCACCACAUGCUGGCCCCUCGAGAGAGUCCCAUCCAUGGCCAAGUAGCCCCACAACACCUGCCCCACGGAGUCCGACGCCCUCUGGCUCCUCCGUGGGAGCACCACAUGCUGGCCCCUCGAGAGAGUCCCAUCCAUGGCCAAGUAGCCCCACAACACCUGCCCCACGGAGUCCGACGCCCUCUGGCUCCUCCGUGGGAGCACCACAUGCUGGCCCCUCGAGAGAGUCCCAUCCAUGGCCAAGUAGCCCCACAACACCUGCCCCACGGAGUCCGACGCCCUCUGGCUCCUCCGUGGGAGCACCACAUGCUGGCCCCUCGACAGGUGAGUGUCUAA